CUCCCCCGUUACCGUCGGUCACCGAUCAGCGGAAUCCAGUGCGCUGCUCGUGCGGACCGAGAGAGAACCAGAGAGGGAUCGAUCCUGCGGCGCGAUGGGAACGUUCCGGAGCGCAGCGGCCGGUCUGGAUGAGGAGGAGGAGGAGGAAGAGGAGGAGGAGAGGCGCUGGGAAGUUGAGCGUCUUCCUCCACUGCUCGAGGACGAGGAGAACGUGUCUCUGGCUGAUAUUCUGUGUCUGCGGGACGGUGGGCUGUCGGAGCAGGAGUUGUGGGCGGUGUGUGUGGAGUGUGUUCGUUCUCUCCAGAGCAUCGGCCUCUCACCGCUCUUUCACACCCUCUGCGUGACGCCCGACACGCUGGCCUUCAACGCUCACGGUAAUGUGUGCUUCAUGGAGCAGCUCAACGGUGAUCCUGACGGCUGUUUCGUUCCUCCAGAGUUGGAGAAGACUGGAAGCACAUUUGAGGGUCACAUGUUCUCGUUAGGCUCCACCCUGUGGGCGGUGCUGGAUUAUGUGUCGGAGGCAGAGCUGCAGGUGGAGUUGAGUGAAGAGAGCAGGUGUUUGCUGAAGCAGAUGCAGCGAGAGAAACCUGAGGAUCGACCGCGACUCCAGGACAUUCUCUCUCAGGCGGAGGCUGUGCUCGGCGACGUCUCGCCCACAACCGUCUGCCGCAAACUGUCUGCCAUCGGCCGAAGACUCCUCUCCAUAGAGUCCGUCGCUGAUCUGCAAGAUGGAUGGGAGAAAUCCAGUUUCCAGUUUCUGGAUCACAAAGCCUGGAGAUCAAACUCCACAGAGAAUCCCGGCGGCGAUCGGAUCAUGAUCAGAAACUACUCUGCCGAUUCGUACGAUGGCGAGGAUCUGCUGCUGAGACGCAGAGGUCAGCUCUGUAAUGGCUCUCCGUGGUCUGGAAGUUCAGACAGCAGGUCUCAGAACAGUUCUCCGGUGCACAGGAGGAGUCAGGAGAGGAGGCCCGGGAGAGCCAGGAGAGCCCUGAACCGCUCCUGCUCGGUCCCGGACUCCAACAACCCUCGAGCGCUCAGCCCACCGUCCCACGCACCCAUCAGCAUGAUGAUGGCCGACCUGUCCGAGAUUACGGAGGAGGAGAGCUGGAGCGGGAGACUGCGGCAGCCCAAAGCCAGGGAGGACCAGGAAUCGACGGCUGAACCCGAUGCAUGUGAGACGGAUCAGACUGACGCUGUAGACGCUCAAAGCCCAACGGCCUCAGAAGAUGGAGAAACACAUGCAGACGCAGACCUGUGCAGAUCCAACCAUGCCAACAAAACUGUGUUGUGCCUGAAUGAGGAAUCUCACAAUCAGUGGAUCUCUUUGCGGGAGCUGCUCUCGUGCUCUGGUCAGCCGUUCUCGGUGAAUGAGCUCUGGUCUUUAUGCUACACGUGUCUCUCCACGCUACAGACAUAUAUCGACCUCCCAGACUACCUGUGUCUGGACUCUGUGUAUGUGGGCUGUGAAGGAGAGAUGCUGUUUCUGAGACCUAAAAACUCAGCCUCCUGUGAUGCAUUUUUUCUGGCUCCUGAGUUUCAAGAACAUGGAAUUGUGACGGAAAAGGCGUGUGUGUAUGGGGUAGCAGCUGUUCUCUGGGCUACAGCCAAGUUUAAUUUGUCUCCCAAUCAAAAGCUGGCCAUGCCGAGAAAACUCAAGAGACUUCUGCUUGAGAUGGCCAAAAGAACUCCAAUCGAAAGACCUUCUAUUGAAAUGGCGAAAAAGUCUUGCUGUGACUACCUCUCCCGCCAGGGAUCGAAUGCCGAGAGCGUGUGGACGCAGAUCAUCAGCCGAGUUCACCAGGCAUUCGAUGGGAAUAGAGAUACAGAGGAAUCAUCUUCUCCUGAGUGUGCUGAAAACCCAUCUGACCCACACUUGGGAGAAGUUAAGACAGUACGGUUUUCAUUGAAGGCAUUCGAUGGGAAUAGAGAUACAGAGGAAUCAUCUUCUCCUGAGUGUGCUGAAAACCCAUCUGACCCACACUUGGGAGAAGUUAAGACAGGUUUUGUCCCAUUGGCCAGCGAGGGCCGUUUGGAGCCUGUAGCUGGUCCAGUUCCUCAUCAUUACCCAGAAUCCUCCAGCAGCAUCAGGCUGCCCGAGGCCUUCACUUCUCCUGCCACACACUUCAGCCCCAUAAUACUGACUCAUCACCCGCAGUCUGAGCUGAUUGUCAGUGGACGCUCUGUUGAGGACAUCACGGAUGAAACGAUCCUGCGAGAGGCAGAUGAACAGGAAGAGAGUGCCGCUGAGGAUGAUGAGACGGCUGGUGUUUUCUCUGUCGGUUAUUCAUCAUCAUCCAGCUGUAAGACUCCUGUGAAUUCACCGCCUCCAGCGACUCCCCAAAUAACCAAUCAAGAAACAGAAGACCAGCCACACUUCCCUGCCUUCUCCUGUGCUAAUGGGAUUUGUAACAACUUCCUUCUACAGCAAGACCCCUUGACAAGAAGUCUGACCCUACUUCCUGUUCAGAUCGCCAUGCUUCAGCCAAUCACAGGCACGGAUGAGGCUUCUGAUGGCAGUGUGAGGAAUGAAAGCGUCUGUUUGACCCACAGAGACUCAGCAGUGUCUCCUGAAAGUCCAGUGACAGAUAUAGGACUUCAGCCCAACGCUGCGCCUCACUGUGUGAACCUCAGCCCGUCACGCUCGCGUCUGCAGCACAUCAUUGAGCUGCUCAGAGAACAGUUUGCUUUUAAUGGCUACCUGAAGAAUGGAGUCCAAGCUCUGGCUAUGGGAGAAUACAUCUUCUCUUUAGAAACCCUCCAGUUUGAGACCUUUUGUCGAGCGAUAACGGAGAAAUUCGGUGAUCUGUACUGGGAUCAGAAGCUGCUGUGUGACCUGCACCGUCUGAUUAACCAGCAUUCAUGCCCACGCGUCUCUGAUGAACAGUCCUCCUCAAAGGCGGUGGAAAGGGCAGCAGCAUCGCUCCAGAGCGCCAGACAGCGUUUGUCCAGCGAGGAAAAGGCUCGUCUUGACCACAGAGCAGACCUCUGGCCUUCAGAUCGACCGGAGAACCAGCUGGACAAGAUGAAGAAAGAACCGGAAUGCUGCAAAGUACAUGAGCUUAAAUACAGAGAAACAGCAGAUGGACAAAACCUAGAGGAGACGUGCUGGAGACGAGACACACAGGAAGUGACAUCAGAGGAUGACAACAAAGAGCUGAUGGAUCUGAUGGCUCCAGAUGGUGGCGCUGCAGAGUGUGUUUGUGCAGCUGAAGCGCGGCUCACUCCCGACACAGAUGACUGUGACUCUGUGAUGUCUGAGCGGACGCUCUCAGUCUGCAGCGGCCCUCAGCGGGCCCGGUGCGGCUCCUGGGCUCUGGCUCUGUACGGGGACGACUGCUUCGGUCCGGAUGUGCUGGAGUACACACAGAAACUCAGCAGUCACAGCCAAUCGCCCACGCUGGAGGACAAAUCACAGGAGCUUCACCAGCAGCUGAUUAUUGAGAGCAGAAAUCUGAAAAAGACCAGUACUUUCUACCACAAGCUGAUUCAGCAAGAGAGGAAAAAUAAAGACACAAAGGUGAUGGUGUCUAAAGUCAAGCUGGAGUUGGACGAGCUCAGAGAAAAAGUUGAGUUUCUGCAGUCUGUCAAGAAAUAUCUCCAGGUGCUGUCUGUGGAUCAGUGGGGUUCGGCGCUCUCUCUGCUGCCUUCUCUGGCUGCGUGUGGAGCUGCGCCUCUGGACGAUCCUGCACUUCUGCACGUUCUGUGUGAGCAGCGCCGGGGCAAAGGCUGCCCGCUAGUGACCGCCACCGCCAGAGGCCUCAUGGCCUACCUGUACGCCAGGAACGCUCACUGCGAGGGGUUUAUUCAGCAGUUUUUCUACACGUAUCUCUACUUCUGCACCUCGGAGGAGCUUCUGCGGUUUCUAAUGGACACAUUUAACAGCACACUGGGGUACGAAGUGGCACCUGUGGACAGUCGAGGAGAGCGCUUGCUGGCGGCGCUCCAGGCCUCACCCAGGAGGAGGUGCGUCUGUGGCCCGUCAUGUGUGUUUGACGCCUCCAUCAGCGGCCCAGAUGACGAGGAGAAGCUCUCAGUGAACUCCUCAUGCAGGAGACCAUCCAUCCAAGAUGCUGCUCCAAAGGGUUUCCAGUGGCGUGUGGUGGAGCCUCAGACGCUCCAGAGUAAAGAGAAAGUCUUCUCCAUCGCUGCGGCUCUUCCUCGGCCGUGUUACGCCUCUCUGAUGAGUCUGAGAUCAGACGAGAGACGUCCCUUCAGUCAGAGCGAGCACACGCCGCUGCACAUCGCUCAGCAGCUCACCUUACUGGAGCAGGAAAUAUUUCAGGACUGUCAUCCGGUUCACUUCCAGAACUCAAGAGCUCACGGAGUGACAGAAAGCUCUGGAAACAUUUCCAGGUGUGCGUCUCCAGCCUCCUCGCCUCUAGAGGGCAGCAGUCUGUUGCUCAGGGACGUGUCGGGGCCCCGGGGCCCGCUGCAGAAGCUCCUCACACACGCAGACUGUGUCGCUGACUGGGUUUCUGCUGAACUCGUCAUCUGUGACUCGGCCAAGGCACAGACGGCUUUACUCGCUCGCUUUCUCGCCGUUGGCAAGUUCUGCUACGAGACGAGAAACUUCGCCACAGCCAUGCAGAUUCUGUCGGGGCUGGAGAACGUGAUCGUGAGGCAAUUACCGGCGUGGAAGCAGCUCUCGCUGAAGGUGUGCGAGGCUCUGGAGGAGCUCAGGGCUGUUCAGGUGUUUCUGAAGAGUGAUAGUCUGUGUCUGAUGGAGGGAGAGAAGGGCAGACGGCUGCCGACUCUCCCAGACGCUCACAUCUUGGCCAUGCACGUCCAGCAGCUGGAGAUCGGAGCGUUUACCAUGACCAGCGGAGCGUACAAGUGGCCCAAACUGAGGAACAUUGCGCGUGUGGUCAGUCAGGUCCACGCCUUUCAGGAGCGUCUCUAUUCCUACCCUCCCGACCUUGAGCUGCAGUCGUACCUGCGUGGGAGAAUCGCACGCUUCGGCAGGUGUGACAUCCCGCUCCUCGCCUCCGACAACCACAUCAACUUCAGCCAGACUCCCGCUGCUCGCCGGAUCCACGACACGCUGCGCCGCGUCAAAGCGUCUUUCCAGUGACCGGCACAGAUGUGCAAAGAGCCAGAACUACGGUGACCAAGAGAGCUCAGUGCGCUGCAACUUAAGAAAAAACAU